AUGGAACCAGAAAAUCAAACAAGUGCUUUAGAAUUUUUCCUCCUGGGAUUUUCCCAGGACUCAGAGAAGCAGUCCUUCAUAUUUGGAAUGUUCCUGUCCAUGUACAUGGUCACUGUUUUUGGAAACCUACUCAUUACCAUGGCCAUCAUCUCUGACUCACACCUCCAUACCCCCAUGUACUUCUUCCUCUCCAACCUGUCCUUGGCUGACAUCUGUUUCACCUCUACCACCAUCCCCAAGAUGCUGGUGAACAUCCAGACCCAGAGCAUAUCCAUCACCUAUGCAGGCUGCAUCACCCAGAUAUAUUUUUUCUUGGUAUUUGGAGGCAUGGACACAUGUAUCCUGACUGUGAUGGCCUAUGACCGGUUUGUAGCUAUAUGUCACCCCCUGCACUACCCAGUCAUCAUGAACCCCCGGCUCUGUGGUCUACUGGUCCUUGUGUCCUGGUUUAUCAGCUUGAUGUACUCUCUUGUGCAGAGUUUGCUGGUGCUUCGGCUCUCUUUCUGCUCUAAGUUGAUAAUACAUCACUUUUACUGUGAACUUGCUCAGGCCCUCACAAUAUCGUGCUCCAAUACACUUGUAAAUCACAUCCUGCUAUAUACGGUAACUUGCCUUCUGGGUUUUGUUCCCUUCUCAGGGAUCCUUUUCUCAUACACUCAAAUCAUCUCCUCCAUUUUGAGAAUCCCAUCGGCUGAUGGGAAGUAUAAAGCAUUUUCUACCUGUGGAUCUCACCUGUCUGUGGUUUCUUUAUUCUAUGGGACAGGCCUUGGGGUCUAUUUUGGUUCCAGAGUAUCACCUUCUUCCUUGAAGGGCUUGGUUGCCUCAGUGAUGUACACUGUGGUCACCCCCAUGCUGAAUCCUUUCAUCUACAGCCUGAGGAACAGGGACAUCAAGAAGGCUCUACAAAGACUUCUGGAGAGAACACCAUGUGUUCAAUAA